GGCCAAGGAAGGUUCUGAGUUGGCUCGGGUGAGCGGGGCCUCCGCAGACUUCUGCCGCCAUGGACUGGAAGACCUUACAGGGCCUGCUGAGUGGGGUGAACAAGUACUCCACAGCCUUCGGCCGCAUCUGGCUCUCUGUCGUGUUUGUAUUCCGUGUCCUGGUUUUCGUAGUGGCUGCUGAGCGGGUUUGGGGGGAUGAGCAGAAGGACUUUGACUGUAACCACCGGCAGCCUGGUUGCACCAACGUCUGCUAUGACUACUUCUUCCCCAUCUCCCACAUCCGCCUGUGGGCCCUGCAGCUCAUCUUCGUCACCUGCCCCUCACUGCUGGUCAUCAUGCACGUGGCCUACCGCGAGGAUCGGGAGAGGAAGAAUCGGGAGAAGAAUGGUGAAAACUGUCCCAAGCUCUAUAGUAACACGGGCAAGAAGCAUGGUGGCCUUUGGUGGACUUACCUCUUCACCCUCUUCUUCAAGUUGGCCAUUGAGAUCAUCUUCCUCUACAUCCUUCACAGAAUAUGGAACAGUUUUGACCUGCCCCGUCUGGUCAAGUGCAUAAACCUGGACCCGUGCCCAAACACUGUGGACUGCUAUAUCGCACGGCCUACAGAGAAGAGGGUGUUCACCUACUUCAUGGUCGGCGCCUCCGCCAUCUGCAUCGUUCUCACCGUCUGCGAGAUCUUCUACCUCAUCUUCAAGCGGGUCGUCCGCUCGGCGCAGAAGUGGAAGAAGAACAAGAAGUCUCUGUCUUACAGCAAGGCCUCGACCUGCCAGUGCCAUCUGCGGCUGGAGCAACCGCUGGAUGGAAAAGCCAAUUUUCUCCAAGAGAAUCAAGUCCCUGAGGUCCAAAACCCAAAGCUACAUAAAUCAACUGGAAAUGUCUGUGGAUCUGCUACCAAACUUUCAUUCGAAGGGGAUUUCAAAGAAUGA